AUGUUCUCUGCCAUGCUAGUGGACGUCUACCGUGGCGAAAGCCCCAGGAUCUGCGUCACCUACAGGACGGACGGCCAACUCCUCAAUCGUCCGCGGAUAAAAUUCCAGUCUCUUGCAUCCACAGCUUCUGUCCAUGAACUUCCCUUUGCCGCUGACUGCGCUCUCAAUCCAACCACAGAGGGGGCAGUGCAGAGGAGCAUUGACUUCUUCGCCGCCGCCUGCAACAACUUCGGCCUCACCACCAACACGGAGAAAACGGUGAUUAUGCAUCAACCGCCACUCAACUCUGCCUACAGUGCACACCACAUCAAUAUAAACGGCGAACAACUUCAAGCCGUGGACACCUUCACCUACCUGGGCAGCAUCCUCUCCCGCAGCAUAAAAAUUGAUGAUCAAAGGGCAAGCGGGUCUCCAAGUCCGGCCAAGCCUCCGGUCGUCUGA